AUGUCGGCUUUGCCUGACAGCGUACUGAACUGGCUCUACGGCCAGCUCUCCACAAGCUAUCUGGACGCCAAUCGUACAUACUCUGAUAUCGUCGAAUCCCUCUCGAAUUAUCGGUCCCUGCGACCGCGAACCGAAGUUUACACAUAUGAGAAUGGACAAUCGGCCUUAUUCAUAAAUAUAAGCGGUACCAUACCUGUGCAAUUUAGGGGCGUAGUCUACAGAUUUCCCGUCACGAUAUGGGUGCCAUAUGCGUACCCAAGAGAAGCGCCAAUGGUCUACGUGACGCCCUCACAAGAUAUGGUAGUCACACCAGGUCAGCAUGUUAGCGGAGAUGGAAGAGUGUAUCAUCCGUAUCUAGCGCAAUGGGGACAAUACUGGGAUAAAUCUUCGCUUUCAGAUUUCAUAUCCGUCCUCCGGGGCGUCUUUGCGAAAGAACCGCCAGUGAGAACGAAACAGCACCCGCAGUUUACGUCUCCACAGACCACACAACCUUCACCUCAACCUCCUCCCGUCCCGCCGCCACCGGAGGAGCUUCGAAGAGCAAACCAUCAUACGCCUACGCCUGCCAAUACGACCCCCUCGAAUGGAGCUCCACAGCCUCCGCCAAAACCCCCAAAGCCUUACUCCUCCACUGGAUCCCCUAUUCCAGGUUCCGCCCCUCCACCGCCCCCAAAGCCGCCUCAUUCAUCGCAGCAGGAUUAUACACAGGUCCAACAACGUCAUAGCUGGCAGCAAGCUCAUGAUCUACAAGCUCCACAACAGUCCCAGAGCCAACACCCUCCUCAGAGACAGUCCUCUUUAUCUCAGCCUCCACGUCCGCAGAUCCAACCACAGUAUAAUCGCCAGGGCCAGUUCAGUAGCCCUGUGAGUCCCAUAACUCCGAUAUCUGCACCUCGCGGACCUGUACCUCAAUUCCAGCAACAACAACCACAACCAUACCAACCGCAAGUGCAUUCCGGACUACGACAAUCUCAACAAACUCUACACGACACAGCUCUUCCUCAGCCACACCCGCACUACCACCCUUCAGGCCAUCUGCAACAUCAAUCAUAUCCAUCUCAACCACAACCACACUCUCAAUCACAGCCGUCCAAACCAAAGCAGCCCAUCCCUGACCUACUUGAUGCUCCCUUAGACGUCACCCUUCCCUCCCAAGACCCAUCGCACGCCCAUCUCCCGGCUCCUCCCAUUCCCCCGAACCCUGAGAAAGACGCCCUCCUUCGUACCCUCUCUACUGCUCUUACUUCACGCAUAAGCACCACCAUAAAUGCCAACACGGCCGCCAUCCCUGCUCUUCGAAGCCAGCAGACCGCACUCGGGCAAGCGCACAAUCAGUUGCAGUCUGAACUCCAUGAGCUACAACAGCUGGACGCAACACUUGCCGCAAAUGAGCAGAUAAUUCGAGAGGCAAUGCUGACAGCGGAUCGGGUUAUGGACGAAGCGAAACGCCGGAAGGUACCAGAUGUUGAUGAGGUAUUGGUCGCGCCAACAGUGGUAGGUGGACAAUUGUACACCUUAUGUGCAGAGGAGAGAGCUGUUGGAGAUGCCCUAUUUGUGCUUGGGCGUGGGCUGGACCGAGGGAGGGUGGGUGCUGAUAUAUUUGUCAAGCAAACACGAAGUCUGGCGCGCGAGCAGUUCUUGAAGAAGGCGUUGAUCAAGAAGAUUGCGCGCGGCAUGGGGCUCGAGGUGUAUGACUACGGACGAUAG